AAUGAUCAAUCCUUAAGACACGUUGCAUUACGUUAAAUGAGCAAUCCCAUGAAUCAUGAUUUCCCAUUUUAGUGACCACAACCAUGCAUGAAGAACAAUAUAAAUAGCUAAAUUUAGAAAGAGUUUGAUCGAUCAUUUUGUUGUUUGUAUGUUUUUGCGUGGAGUAGUAACAUCUAGGGCUGUAACAGCAGCAAGUAUUUCUCUGGUCUCUACUGGGAGGUUGUAUCCGAUCGUGAAGCGUGUGAGUGGAAGGCAAGAACAAUUGCACAAGGUUAGAAUGGCGUCUGAUGGUGAUAAAUUUCCUGCGCAAAGGCAGCAGACUCAGCCUGGAAAAGAGCAUGCUAUGGAUCCUAUUCCUGAGGCUCUACGACAAGAUUACAAGCCUGCCAAUAAGCUUCUGGGGAAAGUGGCUUUAGUGACAGGAGGAGACUCAGGAAUAGGAAGAGCAGUGUGCCAAUGCUUUGCUAUGGAAGGCGCAACAAUAGCUUUUACUUAUGUCAAAGGCCAAGAAGACAAGGAUGCUCAAGACACCAUUCAAAUGAUCAAGAAGAACAAAUCAUCUGAUGCCAAAGACCCUAUCUCUAUCCCUGCUGAUUUAGGAUACGACGAAAACUGUAAGAGGGUUGUCGAUGAAGUGGUAAAUGCAUUUGGACGCAUAGAUAUCCUGGUCAAUAACUGUGCCGAGCAGUAUGAAUGCACUACUGUUGAGGAGAUUGAUGAGCCUAGACUUGAAAGGGUGUUUAGGACCAACAUUUUCUCAUACUUCUUCCUUGCAAGGCAUGCGCUGAAGCAUAUGAGGGAAGGAUCUAGUAUCAUAAAUACAACAUCAGUGAAUGCAUACAAGGGUAAUGCCAAGCUGUUGGAUUACACCUCUACCAAAGGUGCAAUAGUGGCCUUUACCCGAGGACUAGCUUUGCAGCUUGCAGAGAAGGGAAUCCGUGUCAAUGGAGUUGCACCCGGACCUAUAUGGACUCCAUUGAUUCCGGCCUCUUUCUCAGAGGACAAAGUCAAAAGUUUUGGGUCUCAGGUGCCUAUGAACAGGGCAGGGCAGCCUAGUGAAGUUGCCCCGUCGUACGUGUUCCUUGCUUGUAAUGCAGACUCUUCUUACAUAACUGGGCAAGUCCUCCAUCCUAAUGGUGGGGCUAUUGUGAAUGCUUAGAACUUGAUCAUGAAUGGUUUGUUAUGCUGAUUAAGGGAUGUUUUUGGGGUCUGUGCAGCCGGUUUUAAACAGUUUAACGGAAGGUUUAAUAAAAGAAUUAGUGGAGUAGACGUUUUUCAUAUGGGUGUAUGGGAAGUCAGAAGACUAAAGAAUAGAAACACUCAUCUUGUUUUGCUAUGUUAAAAGAGCUUUAAAGAGCUCAUGUAUAAUAAGAAUGUAUUAUAAGAAUGUCCCUUUACAGAAGCAGCACUGUAAAAUGUGCAUAAAAGAUAAUGAUAAUGACAAUUAAUAAAUAAGAUAACAUCAUGUAA